CUGGUUUGGAUUUGAGGAUGGAGGCGCUUCACAUCCAGGGGAUCCAGAUGGCAGAGAGUCUCCAGCAGAGGACGAUGAGUCAAGAGAAAGUUUGGCUGAUCGUCACCCACAUGGGGGAUCCCAAAGCAGCCUUCCUGCUCUUCUUCCCCCUGUCCUACUUCACCUGCAGGCGCACUGGGGUGGCGCUCCUGUGGGUGGCCGCCAUAUCCGAGUGGCUAAACUUGGUUUUCAAAUGGAUGCUGUUUGGGGAGCGGCCGUUCUGGUGGAUCGGUGAAUCUCGCCUGUUUGUCAACAACCCACCCAAAGUCCAGCAGUUUGCCUCCACCUGUGAAACUGGCCCAGGCAGUCCGUCGGGACACGCCAUGGUGACGGCGGCGGCCUGGUGGGUGAUGGCGGCGUCCCUGGGCUCCUCCCUCUACUCCCGCACCCACAGCGUGCUGCUGUCCGCCCUGCCCUACCUGCUGUACGCCGGCAUGCUGCUGGCGGUGGGACUGUCUCGCAUCUUCAUCCUGGCCCACUUCCCUCAUCAGGUGGUUUCCGGCACUGUGGCAGGUUUGGUUUUGGGUGUUGUGCUGAGCCGCAGAGUGCCGGAAGGGCGCCCCCUGCUGUUCUUUGUGUGCUGCAGCAUGGGCCUGCUGCUCGGUGCUCUGCUGCUGCACGCUGGGCUGGAGCAGCUGGGAGUCAACCUCUCCUGGUCUAUUGCCUUGGCUGAGAAAUGGUGCGCCCAUUCAGAGUGGAUUCGGCUGGACACAGUGCCCUUCUCCUCCCUGACCCGAGACUGCGGGGCGCUGCUGGGUCUGGGACUGGCCCAGUACUGGAAGCCCGGCGGGUGGUCUCUCCCCUGGGCCCCGCGGGCGCUAUGUGUGGCGCUCUCCUCCAUGGGACUGUACCACAUCAACCGUCUGCCGCUGCCCAUCCGCCCCCAGACCCUCUUCUACAGCCUGUUCUUUCUCAAAUUCGCCAUCGUGCCUCAGGUGGUCAUGGUGCUGGUGCCCGGACUGGUGCACCUUCUGACCGACAAAAAGAAGAAGGACUAGGGUCAAGUGUGUGGAGACGCCACGUCGCACGUCGUGCCGUUCAUUGUUAAAGGAGAAAAUACUACUGCACUUGAGGAAAAAAUUAGUUUGGAAGCAGGCGCGUGGGGACAGAACAUCAAAUGCAGAUGUUAUUCAUGCCAGCAAAGAUUAUUGUUUUGUUGAUGGCUAAGCUGAACCCAUUUUCUGUAAAUACUUUAAAGUUGCAAUGCUUAAUGUAUCUCCAGCUCAUGAAUACUCCAACAAGACAGUCACUCCAUAUUUUUCUUCUGCUAUAAUUGAAUUGUCCGGGGGAACAUAGCUUCAGUUUUUCUCUGUUGGUAUCAACAUGUGAGUCUCUGUCAUAGCUACUUAUUGUAUUGCACAUGAAUGUCAUUAUCCAGUUACUGUUAGGAAUGCCGUAAAGUCAUAUUUGCCAAAUGGUGAGCUUACAGUCAUGAGGUUUUCUCUUGGUGCAGUGCAGCUCUGACAUAUUGAGGAUUUGUUUGGGUGUAGUAUGUGAAAAUAUAAGUAAAUACAUAAAGUACAAUUAAAAUUGAAUACAUAGGCAGAUAACCUCAUAAUUCCAUGCUCACAACAUAUAAACAAUCAAUGUAACCUACUAGUGUGGGAGAUUAGCACCAUCUUUUGGUCAAGCUGGUGCUCAUAGUUAGGGUAAAUAAUAAACAUAAUGUAUGUCAGUUGUUUAUGCUGUUUAUACUGUAUGUAGGUGGUGCUUUGCCGACCA